AUGUUCAGGCUUCAACCAUCCUCAGAGACACCUUCGGUAUGGCUCGCAAUAGCUGCCUUCUUCGGCCUGCCCGCUGCGUUGUGGGCUUACAAGUGCUUAAUGAUGGUGGUCUUUCAGCGCAAGAUCAUCUAUAUGGGAUAUGUACCACCUGGUGCAAGGACAGAAGAAUUAGGCGUUGAGACACCUGUGCCUAAGGGACUGAAGUGCGAAGAAAUACGCAUCCAAAGCGACAAAGGAGUCACCCUGUAUGGAAUUGACGUCCAGAAGGACGUCGAGCAACCAUCGCCCGACUCUCGGCGGAUAGUUGUCAUUUAUCUACAAGGUAAUGCCGGGAACCCAUUAUCCCGGCUUCCCGUCUUCGAGACACUGCUUCAUGGUGUACGACAGCCUGACAGGGCGACAAGACAACCUCCUCUCGAUAUCUCCAUCGUCGCCGUCGCACCUCGUUCCUACUGGAAGUCAUCCUCCCGUACUCCGACACAGCGUGGCCUCCUCGCCGACUACACCGCCGCGCUCUCCUACGCCACCCACCGCUAUCCCGACUCGACCGUGGUCCUGUACGGCCACUCACUAGGCGGUGCCAUCGCCGUCUGUCUCGCUGCAUCGCUAGACGCAGAUGACUACCCACGUCCACGGAUUCAUUCUCGAAAACCAUUCUCUUCCAUAGGCGGCAUGGUGCAGGCGCUGUACCCCCAACGAUGGUUGCCGUAUUGCUACUUGGCGCCGCUCGCGUUCGACAAAUGGGACGCAGUAGCUUCCAUCCGCGAGAUGCGUCCACGGUCCCUUCUCGCACGAGUGUCGAGAGACGCGCUGGUCCUGCUCAGUGAGAAGGACGAGGUGGUGCCGACCUCGAUGGGUAUGGAGGUGUGCGAGGCCAUGCAAGAUAAACUGGUAGCAGAGAAAGGAGCUGCCUCCGCUGCGGACGGGUCGUGCCGACAAGUGAUCAUUCGCAACGCUCUACAUGAACGUGCCUGGGUAGAACGACAGUGGUCUCGGAGAUGGGAGCGUAUCUCAAUGGCAUCUCGAAGCGUGACAAGGCAUCCUGAUAUCGACUAA